GUAUUACUAAUUUUAUGUGUAAUUUGUUGUGCUUAUUGUCUUUCAUUGCUUAAAUAUAGAAGGUCCUCAAAGUUGCUUUUUGAUUAUGUUUGCUGCAUGUGUAAUUUUACUGCAAGGCUUGUGACAUCAUGGUUAUAUCACAGCAUUGAAUAAAGUUUACAUUUAGUAUGAUGUAGAUUGUGUCUUGCAUUACAUAAAUUUAUGUUAUCUCUUGCUCCAUGAGAGUAUUACAUAAAAUCAUAAAUGUUGCUUUAUUGCCCGACAUUGAAUGUAUAUUGGGUUGCAUAUGUUUAAAAUUAUGCUGUUAUUAUAUUUACAAAAACCUGCGCACGCGUUAAUUUGAAUUUAGCGUGCAACCUUGGAUUUUUAUUUGUGAACAAUGAUAACAUUUUAAAUAAAUGUAAAAUUUAAUUUUGUGAAAAAGUGUGAUGAAAAAUGUUCUCAAAAAACGUGAUAAUUUUAACUUUCGUGUUUUUUCUCACUAAAACAGGCACUAGUUUUUAUCAUCCAACAUGCACUACAACCGGUUGGUCAUGUAUCGAUUGUUAUACACGGAAAUUGUGCAAAGGCAAUCGUCUCUGGACGACUGCAAAGUGCAAAGACACUACCAAUGCAAAUGGGAUUUACUGUAACCCGACAAUUAAUGAUUGCGCUGCGUCCGAACCAGAAGGUUGUGCAAGUUUGGAUCCCCCAAAAUGCGUUAGAAACGAAUUGUAUCCAAACAUAAAAAAUUGCUCGCAGUAUUUUGAUUGCAUUAAUUCGUCUUCUUCGAAAAGCCCACAAUUAAAGUCGUGUCCACCUUUGGAAUACUUUCAUCCCAGUUGGCGUAAAUGCGUGUUUCACACUAGUUACAAAGCAUGCAGAGCUAUCGAAUGUCCUUUAGGAGUUCGAACAACCAAAGCUCACCCGAUCGAAAAAUCAUUUUAUUACGAAUGUAAAGACCAACUCACCACUUUGAAGCAAUGCAUUCAUGUUGGCGAAGUUUAUGAUGAGAGUUCUCAGACGUGUGUAACCACUUGUAAUUGGAAGAGCGAUGGUCAUGUUUUCUCGAAUCCAAAGAACUGUACAUCGUACUACAUGUGUAAGAGGAAUCGCGAUAGGCUGGAACUGGUUAGUUAUGAUUGUCCUAUUGGUACUGGAUUUAACAGCAUAUCACAAAAGUGUGAGCGGGAUUUUCAACAUAUGUGCAAUGAACUCUCUAUUUUGGAGAACAGUUUUGAAUAUAUCUUACGAAAGUUACCGUUUGGUAAAACUGCGAGUAAACUGGCUGAGUUGACGAUGGACCUUGCGGAUUACAAUCCUAUCACCUUUGCACUGAAACUUGGCAUGCAACAGGAUCUUGUGUCUAAUAUUAUUGUUGUUGGUGAUUAUAUAAUUUCAUCGAAGGCUUUCCCACCGACUAUUCUCGCGGCAAUUUUAUUCAAAACAGUGGAGUAUUUGCCAAUUGAGUUAAGAGAUGUUGCGCAGUCACUUUUAGAGCUUAUUGCGCUACCACAAAGCUUAUCAAGUGCACAUUAUUCUCUACAAAUGGAAAGCGUUGAAGAUAAGGAGCCACAAUUUCCAAUUAAUUUUCGUUAUAUAUCUAGGGUUAUUUCCGAGAAAUCGGUGCCACAAAUUUUGGAGGAACUACAGCGUUACUUUAUGUAUCAUCUACAGUUGAAUGGAGAGAAUUUGCAAGAAAUGCAACGACUAUUACGAAUAUCAGUGCCUGAUAUUAUCAAAUUUACUCAUUAUAACAUCGAACAUGAUGUUUUUUACUUUACUAAUGAAAAUUUGAUUGGAAUAGAUACUGAUAAAUUAUUUCGAAUAUUUGAUCAUAAAAUUAAUGAAAUCACGCAGGAAUUACGGGAAAAUGAUGCUGACGUGAUUGCUAAAUAUGUGCAUCCCAUUUUGGUUCUACAUCGAUACUACUUUUUAGAGGGUACAAGAGAUUGGAUUGCAAGUGUUAGAUUUUAAAUGUUUAUAGAAUUUUACUCUGAAUUAUGUGAACAUUAUAAAUUGCGUUAUAAAAAUAUGACGCAAAAGUAAUAAAUGCGGUUGAGGCAAGAAAUA